CAGUGAGGAGGCACCUGGGCUUAUUCACAGGGCGGCUCCCCUGCUGUCAGCACCCGUCUGGUCUCACCGAGUUCCUCAGGGUGCUGGGGGCUGUGGACAGAGCGGCUCUGAGCCCCAGAACCUGGCCCUCCCUGUCUCGCUUUGGUUAAGGGCUCCUGGUCUUUCUGUCCUUUCUGGAAAGCCAGGGCCCAGGCUCCCGUGCCUUCUAGUGGCGGGGAGGGUGAAGGCCGGAGGAGGCCGCGUCUGGAGACGGAGGGCGGGGCCAGAGGCGGAGCCUGGAGGGGAGACCCUGCCAGCCAAUGAGGGGUGAGCCGGCUGCAGCCUGAAGUGUGGGGCUGGGACAGCAAGGGACCCACAGGGUCGAGGACCACACUGUCCCUGUCUGUGUCCUGGGACCACGUGAGGAUGCUGCAGUGGCUUCUUGUCUUCCCUGCUCUGGGCCUUGGGGUCUGGGGUAAUUCCUCCUGGGAUGAAACACAAGCUAAACACCAGUCAGAGGGGCCUCAGGACCUGUUCGGCAACAUCUCCCAGCUCAUUGAUAAAGGCAGACUGGGUUUUGAUGGCGUCUCCACCGUGGUCUCUCGCAAGGAGUGGGGGGCGGACACUGUUGGUUGCUGUGCCCCGCUGGCCCUGCCAGUGGACUACCUCAUCAUGCACCAUGUCCCUGGGCUGGAGUGUCACAACCAGACCGGGUGCAGUCAGAGGCUGCGGGAGCUGCGGGCACAUCAUGUGCGCAAUGGCUGGUGCGACGUGGCCUACAACUUCCUGGUUGGGGACGAUGGCAGAGUGUACGAAGGUGUCGGCUGGACCGUGCAGGGCGUCCAUACCCAGGGCUACAACAACGUCUCCCUGGGCCUUGCCUUCUUUGGCACCAAGGAGGGCCACAGCCCCAGCCCUGCCGCUCUGUCGGCUGUGGAGGGCCUGAUCUCCUCUGCUGUCUGGAAAGGCCACCUGUCCGCCAUGUAUGUCCAGCCGCUUCUUGUGAAAGGCGAGAGCUGCCUGGACCCUCAGCAGAAUGCAAGUCACAAGGAAGCUUGCCCCCUCAUUGUCCUGCGGUCUUCUUGGGAGGCCAGGGGGACCCACUGCCCCAAGAUGAGCCUGCGGGCUAAGUACGUCAUCAUCAGCCACACCACUGGGCGAACCUGCAACAGGUCGGAUGAGUGCCGCGUGCUGGUCCAGGAUAUCCAGUCCUUCUUCAUGGACAGAUUGGACUCGUGUGAUGUUGGAUAUAACUUCCUUGUGGGCCAGGAUGGUGUCAUCUAUGAAGGAGUAGGCUGGAGUGUCCAAGGCUCCCACACCCCUGGCUACAAUGACAUCGCCCUGGGCCUCGCCUUCAUGGGCACCUUCUCAGAUACUCCGCCCAAUGCUGCAGCGCUGGAGGCAGCUCAGAACCUGAUCCAGUGCUCCGUGGUCGGGGGGUACCUGGAUCCCAACUACCUGCUGGUGGGGCACAGUGAUGUGGCCAAUGAUCCAUCUCCUGGGCGGGCUUUGUACAACAUCAUUAAGACUUGGCCUCAUUUCAGACACUGAGGGAGCCCCUGCUUCUUCUGAGACCACCCCCUCUCCCCAAGCCUGGCUGCGGGGCCUCCCUUCCUUACCCUCCAUCCGGGCUCAACACCUGUAUCCCCUCCCUGCCAGCCCCGUCCUGUCCCUCUGUCUUGGGCUAGAAUCAUCCUCUCCUGCCAGCAUCCCCCAGCAUCCCCCAGACCCCAGAGCAGAGCGGGGCAUUCCCAGCCCUCUGAGUCUGGGCCCAGACAUCCCCGCUCCUCGCCUUGCUCUCCCCUGGCACCUAGCUCCUCAGCCAAGGCAGACGAUGACGGGCUGGCCCUGUUUGACUUCUUCAUCCCUUUGUGCUGCCCUCCCUGGUGUGCCUUCCCCUGCUGUCUGCCUGGCGGUCCCCAGUCUCCCAGGUCCGUGUCCCAGCCCCUCCCCUCUGCUCACACUGCCUUGUCCACAUUUGGAUGCAGCCCUUAUUUCAGGUGGAAAUUGUGUCGAGACACGGCUACGCUCUCCACUGGAUUGUGAGGUUGUCCAGUUUCAUUCAUGUCUGUGUCCUCAGUUGUUCAGCCGUGUCUGGAAUCUAGCAGGUGCUACAGAUGUCUGUUGGAGAAAUGGAUGAAUAAACGAAUGAAGGGACCAGG